CGCCGCCCGCUCUCCAUGGAGUCGAGCAAGGGAAAACAUACUAUCCCAAAACCACAUCCUCCAGUGGUAGGUGAGGUGACCCAUCACAGCAUUCAACUCUCUUGGGAUUUGGAAAAUACAGCACAAAGAAAAGGACCUCAAGAGCAAUGGCUAAAGAUUUCAAUUGAAGAAGAAGACCCCAAAUUACAUACCUAUGGUACCAUUUAUACGGGAUAUGCUAGACAACAUGUCAUAGAAGGUCUUCAGCCAAGAACGACCUACAGAUUUCGACUAAAGGUCACUAGUUCUACAGGGGAAUGUUCUUAUAGUCCAGCUGUCUCAGUAUCCACUACAAGAGAGCCGAUGAGCGGAGAGCAACUUCAUCGAGCUGUCAGUAUGAAUGAUGUAGAGGCAGUUCUUAACAUUCUUCAGGGAGGACAUGUGAAGGUGGAUGUUCCUGAUAAACUAGGCUUUACUGCUCUGAUGGUUGCUUCUCAGAAAGGAUAUGAUAGGCUUGUGAAAAUAUUGAUACAGAAUGGAACAGAUGUAAAUCAGAAGAAUGGAAGUGGAAAGGACAGCCUAAUGUUAGCUUGUUUUUCUGGUCACCUGGAUAUUAUUAAAUACCUCAGAGAACAAGGAGCUUCUUGGGAAGUCAGAGAUCUGGGAGGUUGUACAGCUUUGCACUGGGCUGUGGAUGGAGGACAUUGUGAGGUUAUUGAAUGGAUGAUUAAUGAUGGCUGUCAGGUAGAUGCUAAAGAUACAUGCUUAGAAUGGACACCAUUGAUGAGAGUUUCUGCAGUAACAGGGAAUAAAGAUGUGGCAUCUCUUUUAAUUGAAGCAGGAGCAGAUGUGAAUGUGAAAGAUAAAGAUGGAAAAACACCUUUAAUGGUGGCAGUAUUAAAUAACCAUGAAGAGUUGAUUCAGUUGCUGCUGGAUAAAGGAGCAGAUGCUACUGUUAAAAAUGAGUAUGGCAAAGGUCUUCUAGAAAUGGCUAGAGGUUUUCACAGACACAGCGUGGUCAUGUUGUUAGAAGAAAAUAAGAGAAAAUUAAGUGAGAACACCAAUUGUCCUCCACCAGUUCUUGGCUCACAGGCACGUGAGGUAACUAAAUAAAAGAAAAGGAGCGGUUUUUCUACCAGCAAGGUGAAAACAUGAAGACCGGCCCUCAGUUAAGCAUUAGAAUUUGUUUGUUUUACCUUAUACUGUUCAGUUGUUACAGAUUCUUGGAUGCUCAUUAAAAUGUGUAGCUCAGCUUCUUGAGGAUGUUGUCUUGUAUCUAAAUAUUAAUGUAUGUUGUACUGCCAUUGUUCCCUAAUACUACUUCAUAUUCUCUUGCAUUUAGAGUUAGAUGUAAAUCAAAAUAAUGUUUUCAUAAAUGUAGUUUGUAUAUCAUUUCCCUUCCUAUUCUAAGCCCUUCUCAGAGAUCAUGACAAAGAUUCUUUGACAUAUUUUUUAUUAUUACUUCCCUCUUCUUCUUUUCCUUUGUCUCCUAGCAACUGUCCCUCUGGCUAGAGAAUGUUCAGUAACUCCCACUGAUGCCUGUCAGUGUCACGCUUAAAAUAGCCAGGAAGUCCCUUCUUUCUCCCCAGGAAAUGAGCAUCUUGCUUGUGCAGCACGCCCAACUCAGCCAUAGGAGUGAAGCACUAAGUUUAAGUCCUAAGGACUGUAAUAUCUUUCCAGGAUAAUGUGUUAGGUUAGGAAGGUGUAUGUAAUAAAUAAAGUUGAAAGGUGGAUUUCAUGGUGGAAGCUGAGUUGUGACAUUAACUGUAACUAUUAUCUGAUGUAGAUAAUCAGGGACCUCCUCAUACACGGUCUUGCAGCGGCAACUAACAUGCAUGCACAAUCAGUCCUGCAGUAGAAACGUGAUGAAGUUCAGGUACU